AUGAUGGCAUCCCAUGCGCAUCCGGAUGAGGACAGCCGAUCGCCCGUGGCCACUUUGGAAGCUCAGUUUUUCGUUUGGGGUCCGGGGAUCUGUCUCGGAUGCGGGGAUGCGAAUGAGGGAAGGCCGGGCUCUCCUCACACGGUACUGGCGCCGUACUGGUGCGAGAAGCUGCACGGGAAGCUGGCGAUGCGCGCGUACCAGGUCUCGAAGCGGGGCGGGGACCUGAGCAUCCGGGUCCGCGGGUCCCGCGUGGACAUCGGGGGCAACUUCCACAUCAUCAAGAUGCAGUCGGACCAGGGCAGAUCAAAACUGGGAGUAUCACUGCCAGUCUUCAUCGUGGACGCAUUUACGGGACAACCGUUUUCUGGCAACCCUGCUGCCGUGUGUCUGGUCGAAGGACGGCAGGACAUCCCAGACCAUGCGAAGCAGAGCAUGGCAGCGGAGUUCAAUCUCUCCGAGACGGCGAUCGUGACGAAGAUCCGGCUCCAGGACGGAUUCGACACUGGCUCCAAGUUCAGCCUCCGCUGGUUCACGCCCACCAACGAGGUCCCCCUCUGCGGACAUGCCACCGUCGCUGCCGCUGCAGUCCUCUUCUUUUGCUGCAAUAACCCGAACGAGAAGAUAGAGUUUGAGACGAUGAGUGGCAUUCUGGGGGUGAGGAAACAAGGAAGGAUGAUCGUCAUGGACUUCCCUUCCUACAAACCCAUGCAACUGGAUGCCAAGCAGAAGAAAGACGCCCAACCCUUGAUCAAGGGGAUUCUCAAGGAUCUCCUCCCAGCCGACACCGCCUACUGUCCUGUGACCAAGAAGCUCCUCGUUCGGCUUGAGGAUUUCUGCUCACGGACGAUGUUGGAGGAGCUGGAGGUGUCUGGGGAGAAGUUGAUGAAUUUACAUGAUGGGAGCCUGUUCAAGGGAGUCAUUGUGACUGUGAAAGGAGGCUCAGAGGCAUCGGGAGGAUAUGAUUUCUUCUCCAGAUACUUUGCACCCUGGAAUGGGAUCCUUGAAGACCCUGUAACUGGUUCUGCUCACACUAUCCUGGCCCCAUACUGGUCAGAGAAGCUGAAGGGAAAACAGGUGAUGCAUGCACAUCAGUGCUCGAAGAGAGGUGGCGAUCUAAACCUCAAACUACGUGGCUCCAGAGUAGACAUUGGGGGAAACUUCCACAUCAUCGUCAAGGGUGUCAUCCAUAUCUGAUGUAUUACCUGAAGUCUUUCACUAGUGUUCCAAGGAAUAACCCACAGAGGAAAGUUCAUGCAGCACUGUAUCUUUCACCUUUAUAUGAUAAGAUGGGCAUAGCAAAAAGAAAAUGUAGAAAGCUAUUUGAGGAUUGCAUUGUCAUACUGGUUGCGGGUGCACCAGAUCAAUAUAAAUUUAAUCUUAUCUAAUCUCAAUAUCGGAGAACAUGGGAAUGAGAUUAACUGCGUCAAACAGAUUCCCAUACAAUUAAACAGAUUCUGAAUAUGAGGUCAGAAAAGUUUAUAAGCUGAUGUGGUGCAUAGCACCGAGUCCUGCUUCUUUGUACAUUACUAUUGGAGGCAGCAUGAGAUCAACAAGCACUGAGCACAGUACACAGGGAACAUAACCUUCCAGAGACAUCAUCUGCACAUCCAAGAAGACCACACUCCAUACAGAUGGUUCCCAUCACUGCCACCACAUAUCAUUAGUGUCUGGGGGUGAAUGAUACGCGGGUCUCACGAGGACGAGAGGGGGGGUGUGUCUCGCAUUUUCCGUGAAUGGUCAAUGAUCUGAUUGAGGCAACGGCCAAACUCCCCAAGGAUGGUUGCCUCAACAUCAGCAGGGGAAUCGCCACGGUUCUCAGCCUCCUGUGCCUCGGCCAGCAUGCACUGCACCGUUGCUUCAAUCACAUCUGCUGUGAUGCAUUCCCAGGGUCCCCUCCUGCAUAACAAAACAAAUGCUUUCAAAUUCCCACUAGGAGCCUUGAAAUGCUUCUUGGAACUGUCAAUCCCAGAUAACAGCAACUGUGUUCAAUGCAGUGUAUAAAAUCACAUCACUUCAUUUGGGGCUUCUCAACCUAGUCAAAACUGAUGCACGAACAAUAAUUACUUCUCUUAAGAAGCAUAACCACAUCUCCAUGUGUAUGUAAAAUAAGAACUGGAUUUUCAUUUGAGAUGGAGGGCUUCAGUAAUCCAAUGAUCACAAGAAGAGAGGCUGAAGCUUAAUUAAGCCCCUUGCAAAGAAAUUUCACACAUUCAAAUCAUAAGUCUAUGUGCAAAUGCAUUUUGGUCAAGGCUCUAGGGUGUCAGAAUUUCAAAGCAUCAACUCAGUAAGAAUUUUUCCAUGCCAUUACAACUGCAUACAAUAGCAUUUUACAGUAUGAUACCUCAAUCAACCAUUUCCAUUAUUUACUCCUCACAUUAUGAACAUAUUCAUCGUUGCCCAGGGUAGACAGAAAGGCAAAAUGUAGUGAAGUAUAUAGUCAAGUUCCUCCAUUGUUACUAGUUAGACAAUACAUAUUUGUAACAAUCCAACAUCCAGCUCAUCCACUACUCUCAUCAAUAUCCAAUCCAGCUGCAUAUUGGUGUCAAGGUCUGGAACAAUGACAUGUGUAAUGAAAAGAGA